AUGGCGCAAGGCGCAAUCAAAGCCAAACCGAAGCCCUCGUCCGGCGCAAAAUCCUCCAAACACACGCCGUCCGGCAUCACAAAGAAGGGCUCCCUCCAGAUGAACCCGCGCAAAGCGAGACUCCAAAAGCAGGCGAAGCUCAGCAAGAAGCUGACGAGCGGGCUGACGGCGCAGACGGAGCGCAUGUUGGGUGAGAAGGCGGGACAUCUGGAACUGCUGGGGAAGGGGAGGGACAAGAGCGGUGGUGGUGCGAAGGGGAAGGAAGGUGGAAAAGCGAAGGGUGGUGGGAAGGGCGGGAAGCAGGGUCGGAAGGGAUAA